GGUGUUAGUGUUGUCCAUAAGCGUCGAUGUCUCUCACCAGUCUCACCUACUACCGGGCGUUUGUCGUAGGAAAAUCGUGACGCGCUCAUGCCGCCUGAUAUCUCCUCACCAAGUCGGCAACCCUGAAAUUCAUCCGUGCACUCAGCCCAAUUUACACAGAAUACACAUAGGCACUUUCCCGCAAGCAAGCCAGCAAGUAUGCCGCUCCUCGUACCAAAGAUGGAGCCACUGGACUAUUCUGCAGCCGGCCACAAUCCGUACCUUGUCAGGGCUCUCAAUUAUGCGGAGCAAACUCGAAUGACACUUCACGCAAGUCUGCUUUACCGCUUCGGUGAACCCUACGCGGCAGCAGCGCAGAGAGCAAGUCAAGGGUUGUGGAUCGCUCGCAUCUUUCUGGAUAGGUAUCCAACAGCAAAGGUUUUCGUUUACACCCUCCUCGGAGCUUCUGCGGUGCCGCUCAGCGCAUUUGUCAUCGGUUCUGCAUUCUUUGUGCUGAUAUCGGUCUUUGCCACAAUCUCGGGAAUAAGUUUCUUUGGAGGCGGCUUCCUCCUAUUUUCACUGUUCCUUUCCUUUUGCCUUGCGUCUUUUGUUGCAUUUUGGUAAGCUCUUUCACCCUUCCGGUGUACAGUUGGACUAUCCUAACCCUGCACUGCGAUUCCAGGUUUUCUAUCGUAUCGCUUGCCAUCAAAGCAAAGGAUGCCAAGCCAUAGUCACUCUCACUAUCUGCACCCUCCUAUCC